ACGGCAUUACAAGCGUCAAUCAUCCUAAUGCGAUAAAUAAUGACGCCAAGGAUUUAUGGAAAGGGCUGACUUACGAUUAUCAGGAACAUGUUACAAUCUCUCCUAAUGGUUCAUCUGAUAGGAUAGAUGAUACCAAUGAGACUGAUAUACGAAAGAAAAUAUUCAUAGAAGACUUGAGAACAAGAAAGGACGUUAAACAUGAAAACAUCGCUUAUGAGAAUAAGAUUAAUGAUUUAUCAUACAUGGCGAAAGGUCUCAAUGAUAUUCAUAACGCGGGAAAGAUUCAUAAAGACUUACACCCAGGUAAUAUCUUGUUAACGGCCUAUAUAACUCCGUACAUUAGUGAUUUGGGGAUGUGUCAACCAGUUAAUCAACCUUCAAUUAAAGAAGGAAUUUAUGGAGUAUUGCCUUAUAUUGACCCUGAAGUUUUAAGAGGUCAUCAAUAUACGAAAUCUUCAGAUAUUUAUUCACUUGGAAUAAUCAUGAAUGAAUAUUUUUCAGAAGAAUUGCCUUAUGCUAAUAAAUCUCAUGAUAUUUAUUUGGCUAUUGAAAUAUGUGGAGGACAGAGACCAAAAAUUUCCGAGGAUACUCCAAAACCUCUCGCGAAUUUAAUUAAAAGAUGCUGGGAUCCUAGGGUAGAAAAUCGACCAACUGCUAAACAAUUAUAUCAAACCCUACACAAAUUAGACAUUGAAAGGCAUCAAACAAAUAUUACUCAAACUCAUCCUCAAGCAAUCUACACUAGUAGGUUCCUAAAUUAUAAAGAUCUACUAAAAACUGUAAACGCUUUAAAUACUCCCAAGUCAGCUUUAGAUAGUCUACGAAUUAGCGAUGCGAUGAAGAAUGAAACGCGUAACACACCGCUUAAUAAAGAUUUAUCUAUUAGCAUUUAA